AUGUCGCUUCAAAAGGAUGUCAGCUCCACCAAGUCGGAUAUUGACGACGAGCUUCACGAGGCUCUGGACAAGCUCGACGAGCCCAAACAGGACUCGAACGAGGAGUCCUCCGCGCCGUACAACAAGGAAAUCCUGGAGCCCAAGCCGGUCACGAUCCGCCAGCUGUUCCGGUUCGCGACCAAGCUGGACAUUACCCUGACUCUGUUCGGCACCUUCUUCUCUAUCGUCGCCGGCGCCAUCAUGCCCGUGAUGAUCAUCAUUUUCAGCCAGCUGAUGGGCGUCAUUCUGGACUACACAACCAUGAUGAUGAACGGCAGUGUCGAAGCCGCCAACCACCAUCUCGACCACGAGUCGCGCAAGUACUGCCUGUGGUUCAUGGGUCUCGGACUGGUUAUGUGGCUCUUUUCGUACGGUGUCAACGCAUGCUGGUCGGUUUCCGCCGAGAACCAGGGCCUGCGCAUCCGCAAGACGUACUACGAGUCGAUCAUGCGCCAGGACAUUGGCUGGUUCGACACCAUCAAGACUGGUGAGCUUACUACGCGCAUCACCAACGACGUCAACCUGGUGCAGGACGGUAUUGGCGAGAAGUUCGGCUUCGUGUUCAUGAACGUCGUGUCCUUCGUUGCUGCCUUCAUCAUUGCCUUUAUCAAGGGUUGGAAGCUGACCCUUGUGUGUCUCUGCGUGAUUCCCUUCAUUGCUGCUGCCGGUGGCUACCUGGGCAUCAAGAUUUCGCAGCUCGUCACGUAUGCGCAGGACCAGAACGCCGAGUCCGGCGCUGUCGCCGACGAGGUGCUGAGCGGCAUCCGCACGGUGAUGGCAUUCAACGGCCAGGAGCGUGAGAUUGCUCGGUACGAUGAGAAGAUCAACGAGGCGUACAAGUUUGGCAAGAAGAACGGCUUCAUUCUCGGCGGCUCCAUUGGUGUCAUUCAGUUCUUCAUCUUUGUCAUGUACUGCGUCGGCUUCAACUUUGGCUCGUGGCGUGUGCGUGCUGGCGAGUACGAGGCGCAGACCGUUCUCAAUGUCAUCUUGGUGCUGCUUAUUGGUGGGUUCUCGCUCUCCGGUGCCGCCCCUAAUAUCUCGGCUAUUUCGACUGCUCAGGGCUCAGCAGCCAAGGUGUAUGCCAUCAUUGACCGUGAAUCGCCUAUCGACCCACUCAACACCGAGCACGGCAAGAAGGUCGACCAUGUGCGCGGCCAGAUCGACUUCAAGAACAUCCACUUCAGCUAUCCGAGCCGCCCCGAUGUUCCUAUCCUGAAGGGCUUUAACCUCGAGAUCCGGCCUGGGCAGAAAGUUGCGCUGGUUGGCGAGUCUGGCUGCGGCAAGUCCACGACUAUCGGUCUGAUUGAGCGCUUCUAUGACCCGGCCCAGGGCGACGUGCUCAUCGACGGCAUCAACAUCAAGGACUACAACAUUGGGUCGCUGCGUCACCGCAUUGGCAUUGUCACUCAGGAGCCUGUGCUGUUUUCGACCUCGAUCUACCAGAACAUCGUCUGGGGCGCAGUUGAUCCCGAAGGCAACCCGCCGACCAAGGAGGAGGUCGUUGAGGCGUGCAAGGCUGCCAACGCGCACCAGUUCAUCGACAUGCUGCCCAACAAGUACGAAACUCUGGUCGGCGAGGGCGGUGCCCUGCUGUCGGGUGGUCAGAAGCAGCGCAUUGCCAUUGCCCGUGCCAUUAUCCGCAACCCUGAUGUCCUGCUUCUCGACGAGGCUACCUCAGCCCUGGAUACCGCGUCCGAGCGCCUUGUGCAGGAUGCCCUGGACAAGCUGUCUGCCGACCGCACCACGAUCUCGAUUGCGCACCGUCUCUCCACCAUCCGCAACUGCGACCAGAUCUAUGUUGUGCGCGAGGGUAUUGUGUCUGAGAACGGCACCCACGACGAACUGGUUGAGCUCAACGGCGAGUACGCAGCCAUGGUCAAGGCGCAGGAGCUGCGCCAGGCUGUGCGAGCCAAGAUUGAGGAGAACAACAGCGAGGAGGACCUUGAUGAAUUGAUUGCUAAGGAGCUGAAGGAGCAGGCGCUGGAUCUGAAGGCCACUACCCGCCAGAGCAUGCAGAGCAUGCAACGCAUGUCGACCGCCCAGUCUCUCGAUGCAAGCCGCAACGCCAAGCACAAGUCGGUUGACGAGUCGAGUGACAUGCGUCUGAUGUUCCGUCUGAUCUGGUCGCACCGUAGUGCGAUGGGUGCUGCAAUCCCCGGAAGUCUGCUGGCUAUUAUCGACGGUGCCGUGAUGCCGUGCUUUGCUCUUGUAUUUUCGCGUGCCCUAUUUGCGCUCAGCAUGAAUGAUCCCGCUGAGAUCAAGCGCAAGACCGACCUGUACGCCCAGCUGUUCCUCGUGUUUGCCGUUGCCGGUAUGUUCGCCAUGUUUGGUCGCAUUGGGCUGUAUCAUAUUGCCGGCGAGAACAUGACCAGGCAACUGCGCCACGAAGCUUCUGGCUUCUUCGACGACGAGGAUAACGGUACUGGUGCUCUGACAUCACGCCUUGCUACUGAUGCUGAGGAUGUCAACAAGAUUGUCAGCAGCUUCAUUGGCACAUGCUUCAGCACUGGGUCGACCAUCGUUUGUGCCCUGAUCAUUGCGUUCAUCUACGACUGGCAUAUUGCGCUCAUCAUGAUCGGUUGCUGGCCCAUCCAGGGCUUUGCUCAGUUCCUGCAGGCUCGUGCCUCUUAUGAGAAGUCGGGUCAGUCUGCUGCUGAGACCAUCCGCAACAUCAAGACUGUGGCCACUCUGCGCCGCGAGGAGACCUUCAUUGCCAUCUUCAACAAGAGCAGCGAGGAGCCCCACGCCGGGAAUGUGCGCUCGACCAUGAUCAGCUCGUUUGGCUUUGGUUUCGCCCAGGCCUGCAACAUGUUCGUCAACGCCCUGGUGUUCUUUGCCGGCACCCAGUUCAUCAUCAAGGGCCUGAUUGAUAUCCAGGGCAUGAUGAACGCCAUGAUGGCCACCAUGUUUUCCAGCAUGUCAAUUGGUAUGCUCGCUCAGAUGUCCAGCAUGAUCUCAAAGGGCGCUGUUGCCUCGCGUGGCAUUUACCAUACGCUGGACCGCAAGUCCCACAUCGACGGUCUUGACCCGGCUGGUUCGGUCUCGGAGAAGUUCGACGGCAACAUCCUCAAGGGCAUCUCGUUCGAAGCCAUGGCUGGCAAGAGCGUCGCUCUGGUCGGUGCGUCUGGCUCUGGCAAGUCCACGUCGAUUCUGCUGGCUCAGCGUCUGUACGAUGCCAUCUCGGGAAGCGUCAAGGUCGAGAACCUGGACGUCAAGGACUGGAACAUCAUGGCCCUGCGCGACAACAUGGCCAUUGUUGGCCAGGAGCCGGUGCUGUUCAACUACACAAUCGCUGAGAACAUCCGCUACGGCAAGCCCGGCGCCACGCAGCAGGAGAUCGAGGAGGCGGCCAGGGAAGCCAAUAUCUACAACUUCGUCAUGAACCUGCCUGACGGCUUCAACACCAACGUGGGCCAGAAGGGUGGCCGGCUGUCCGGUGGGCAGAAGCAGCGCGUCGCCAUUGCGCGUGCCUUGGUGCGCAAGCCCAAGCUGCUGCUGCUCGAUGAGGCCACUGCCGCUCUGGACUCGCGCUCCGAGAAGGUUGUGCAGCGCGUGCUGGACAAGGCGGCCAAGGAGCGCACCACGCUGACGGUCGCCCAUCGCCUCAGCACCAUCCAGGACUGCGAUAUGAUUGUUGUGUUCAAGAACGGCCGGAUUGUCGAGCGCGGCACCCACGACGAGCUGAUUGCGCUCAAGGGCACGUACCACCUGCUGGUCGAGCAGCAGUCGCUGCAGGUGACCCACUAA